AUGGCGCGGACUCCAAUGCCAGAGAUUGGCAUUCCGGAGUGGAGUUGUCCGCUUUGUACGCUGCUCAACGCACCAGAAGAGAAUCGUUGUGCGGCUUGUGACAAUGCUCGUCCGUCAGCGCAUUCGCCCCAAAAUUUUCAGCAUCUUAAACCUUCAACUUCUACUACCACAGUACCCGAAGCGCAGAUCACCUACCGUCAUGUAGCAGGUGUUUUUUUCAGCUCAGUACCCAGAGACCAUAAUAAAUCUAGUGUUUCUUCGUGGAAAUCAGAAAAACGACUGAAUGUCAAUAGAAGACGUGGAAGUUGGCGACAAACUGAGCUUUCUAGCUCAGAGCAGAGGGAUAUAAAGGAAAAGACACAGAAUUCAGAUUAUGCUGGAACAUUCAGAGAACGAGAAAUGACAUCAAAGGAUAUAGGAAGCGGUAAUAACUUGGAGGGGAUUUAUACGUUAGAUAAGAUGGAUGAAAGCGAGAAUAUGAUGGAUGAAGAGACAGAAGCAGAUGUAGAUGAACCUUGUUUUAAUUUGCUUGGGCUGGCAGCCUUAUCAAAUGAUGGAAUAGAUCAAAUGGCCACAGACAAGACGAAAAAUGGACAUUGUGGAGAGGUUUGGAACAAAGAAGAAGAGGAGCGGACUUAUUCACCGAUUUUGGAAAGUAAUUUGGCAAAUAGAUCCAAUUUUGAAGAGCCCGAGAUUAGAACGAAACUGGCAAAUGCAGGUCUCGAUUUAAGUGAUUCAGAUGAUGACCAUAGUGUUAAGUUGAGGCGACUUAAAAGACGGAACGACGAAAAAAACGAUUCAUUGAAAUACUCGUGGGCGUGUCCGAAUUGUACUAAUGUUAAUGAGCAGACAUGGCUGGAAUGCUCGAGGUGUCAUUGCAAGCGCAAUAACGACAUCAAACAUAAUGUUGAAUCUACAGAAGGAUUGAACAUGCGAUGGGCCUGCCACGUUUGUGCGAAUGUUAACGACAUAGAUAUGACUACAUGUCAAUUGUGUCAUAGUGCGAAAGAAAAUCAUGAUGAAGCCUCUGAAGACCGUUGGAAAUGCUCGUUAUGCGCAACAUUCAACGCCCCCGGUACCACUCAGUGUUAUGUGUGCAAUCGAUUGCAAGAAGAUCAAAUAGGAAUGACGCCUCAAAAUGGUCCACAAUGCUCCGUGUGCACAAACAUCAAUGCACCGGGAAGCACACGAUGUGAACUUUGCGACUCUUCACUACCUGCCAAUACAGAAGUCCCCAACAAUCACUGUGUUGAUUUGUCGUGGAGCCCCGUAGAACAAGAGUCGCGCUACAGACACGAUGAUGAUGAGCUCGACAAUCCGUACGCAGAUAUGUCUCGAUACAACAACUUUGACACACUAAACGAAGUUACAGAUGUCGAUCCUGAUUAUGUCGAGGAUAUUUCGGAUAAUGAGCCCUCAUUAUCGUCGACUACUUCACGACCACCGGUAGUGCGUGCUGACUUGAAAGAGUUUGAACAUUUUCUAUGCAUGGAAGACGUACAACGUGAUUACGGAUGCCGCAUAAAUUACACUCAAAUGUUUGCAGGCCAAAGAUCUAAGAAGACGUACGCAGAUCGCUUUGCAACCAGACAGGCGCAGUCAAGAAAGCGUAAGCGAUCUGCUAAAAUCAAAGAAGCAGGAAAAUCACUCAAACCAGUAUCACAAAAUCGCAAAGCAGCUAAAGGGGGCAAGAAACAGAAGGCUACCACUACACCACGACGAGCUUCUGUGAGUCGUUCGAAAGGACUGAAGGUUCAGAAAGCAAAAACAUCAGCUCGACGAGCUAGCACAAUGCCAAUUAUUUCUUCAAGUGUUAAUCACUAUGACGAUUCAAGUGCUGAUUUCGGUGAAGACGUCAAUACUUUGGCAUGGGAAGGCGUGGGAUCAGCUGGUUAUCUCUAG